AGCAUUGUUCGGGCAAAAAACUGGUUACCUUUAGUUCUUUACUAAACCUGACUUUGACGAUCAAAUCUCUUAAAAGAAAAAAAAAAGACAAAGAAACAAAAACUGUCACUUCAUCUUGCUUUUGCAUACAAUCGUGGUGUUUUCAAAUAUAUACUUUCCGUUCCGAUACCUGUAUAUUCAUUUCCCGAUCUUAGGGUUUAAGCUUAACUUUCACACUCUUCUCCUCUUUUAGUAUAUAUCAAAAUGAAUUUCGACCAAUUUUGAAGCUCUAUAACUCAAUUUUUCAACAGAUUUAGUUUCAGAGGAAAUGUCUCGAGCCGAGGAGCUAUGGGAGAGGUUGGUUAGGGCAGCUUUGAGAAGUGCAAGGAGUGGUGCAUAUGCUCAUGGGAGACACACAACUGGGAUUGCGGGCAAUGUGCCGUCUUCGCUUGGUAAUAGUAGACUUAUUGAUGAUAUACUCAGAACUGCUGAUGAAAUUCAAGCUGAAGAUCCUAAUGUUGCUCGAAUACUUUGUGAGCAUGCAUAUUCCAUGGCUCAGAAUCUCGAUCCUAAUAGUGAGGGAAGAGGUGUUAUGCAAUUCAAGACUGGUUUAAUGUCUGUGAUCAAGCAAAAAUUAGCAAAGAGAGAAGUUGGAAGUAUAGAUAGAAGCCAAGAUAUUGCUCGUUUGCAGGAAUUCUACCGGAAAUAUAGACAGAUGAAUAAUGUGGAUCAGCUAUUGGAAGACGAAAUGAAGCUCCGGGAAUCGGGAGCUUUUACUGGGAAUCUUGGAGAGUUGGAAAGGAAAACUAAAAAAAGAAAACGGAUUUUUGCUACUCUAAAAGUGUUGGGUGAAGUGCUUGAACAAAUGACUAGUGAGGUUUCUCCCGAAGAAGCUGAAACAUUGAUUCCAGAAGAGCUUAAGCGGGUUAUGGAGUCAGAUGCAGCUAUGACUGAGGAUUUGAUUGGUUACAAUAUUAUUCCGCUGGAUACUACUAGCACAUCAAACAGGAUCGUUAAUUUCCCUGAGGUGAAAGCAGCUGUGUCUGCUUUGAAAGACAUUCAAGGUCUACCAGAAUUGCCAGUUGAUUUUGUGUCUCCUGUCAGAGGCCGUGAUAUGCUUGACUUUCUGCAAUAUGUUUUUGGGUUUCAGAAGGACAAUGUUUCCAAUCAGCGGGAGCAUAUAAUUCUUCUCCUUGUAAAUGAGCAAUCUCGGCUUCGAAUUCCUGAAGAAAUUGAUCCGAAAUUGGACGAGGCUGCUGUACAGACCGUGUUUUUGAAGUCCCUGGACAACUAUAUCAAAUGGUGUAAUUACUUGAAUCUUCAGCCAGUUUGGAGCAAUUUGGAGUCCCUUCGCAAGGAUAAGAAGUUGUUGUUUGUGUCAUUGUAUUACCUAAUUUGGGGUGAAGCUGCAAAUGUUCGCUUCCUUCCAGAGUGUUUAUGCUACAUAUUUCAUCAUAUGGCCAGAGAAAUGGGUGAGAUACUGAGGCAGCAAGAUUUGAAGCAAGCUGAUAGCUGCAGAAUUGGUGAUAGCGUCUCGUUCUUGGAGAGGGUGAUAUCUCCUUUAUAUGAUGUGGUUGCAGCGGAGGCUUCUAACAACAACAAUGGACGAGCACCUCACUCUAAGUGGAGGAAUUAUGAUGAUUUCAAUGAAUAUUUUUGGUCAAUUCAUUGCUUUGAGCUUAGCUGGCCUUGGCGUUUAAGCUCAGCAUUUUUUUUGAAGCCUGAAACCAAGUCCAAAAAUUUGUUGAGGUCUGGUGGAGGAAAGCGUCAGGGAAAAACAUCCUUUGUUGAACAUCGUACUUUCUGGCAUUUGUACCAUAGUUUCCAUCGCCUCUGGAUAUUCCUUGUCAUGAUGUUUCAGGCUAUGAUUAUUAUUGGUUUUAAUGGUGGGCGUAUUGAUUCAACAACUGUCAAACAAGUUCUUAGUCUUGGGCCAACAUUUGUUGUUAUGAAAUUGAUCGAGAGUGUUUUGGACAUUCUCAUGAUGUAUGGGGCAUAUUCAAAAACACGUCACUCAGCUGUUUCUAGAGUAUUUCUUCGAUUUUUGUGGUUUGCUUGUGCUUCAGCUGUCAUAACAUUCCUUUAUGUGAAGUCUCUUCAAGGGGAGGAAACUAUUUACAGAAUCUAUGUCAUUUUGAUUGGCAUAUAUGCUGGUUUCCAGCUCUUCAUUAGUUUUCUCAUGAGGAUACCAGCCUGCCAUCGGCUUGCUGAUCAAGGUGAUCGCUUUGCUGUUAUCAGCUUUCUCAAAUGGAUGCGUCAGGAACGACAUUAUGUUGGCCGUGGAAUGUAUGAGAGGACAUCCGACUUUGCUAAGUAUAUGUUUUUCUGGCUUAUUGUCUUAGCUGGAAAAUUUUCAUUCGGGUAUUUUGUCCAGAUCCGGCCGUUGGUUAAGCCCACAAGGAUCAUAGUCAAUGCGAACAAUAUACGAUAUUCUUGGCAUGAUUUUGUAUCACAAAAUAACCACAAUGCUAUAACAGUCCUCAGUGUAUGGGCACCUGUAUUUUGUAUAUAUCUAUUGGACAUCUAUGUGUUUUAUACCGUAGUAUCUGCUAUUUGGGGAUUUUUGUUGGGGGCAAGAGAUAGGCUUGGGGAGAUAAGAUCAUUGGAAGCCCUUCACCAGCUAUUUGAGCAGUUUCCAAGAGCAUUUAUAGAUAAACUUUAUGCUUUACCUUAUAAAAGGGUCCCGGAGCAUGCAGCUGGUCAGGUUGUUGAAUCAAGCAAGGAAGAUGCGGCUAGAUUUUCACCCUUCUGGAAUGAAAUUAUAAGAAAUCUACGUGAAGAAGAUUACGUCACCAACUUGGAAAUGGAGUUGCUUCUCAUGCCUAAAAAUAGUGGAAGUUUGCCCUUGGUUCAAUGGCCUCUCUUUCUUCUUGCUAGCAAGAUAUUUCUUGCACGAGAUAUUGCAGCAGAAAGUAAAGAUUCCCAAGAUGAGCUUUGGGAAAGGAUCUGGAGAGACGAGUAUAUGAAAUAUGCUGUUGUGGAGUGCUAUCAUUCCAUAAAGCUUAUUCUGAUGGAAAUCCUGGAGGAGCAUGGAAAAAAAUGGGUGGAGAAGGUGUAUGAGGAUAUCGAAGCAUCUAUAGCCAAGAAGUCCUUUCAUAUUGACAUUGAAUUGAGCAAGUUGUCUCUGGUUAUUCAGAAAGUCACAGCCCUUAUGGGAGUGUUGAAAGGUUCUGGGACAGCAGAUCUUGAGAAGGGUGCUGUUAAAGCCAUUCAAGAUCUCUACGAUGUCAUACAUUAUGAUGUACUUGUAGUGAACAUGGGGGACCAUAUGCAGACAUGGAGUGUGCUGUCAAAAGCUAGGGCGGAAGGUAGUUUAUUUUCGAAGUUGAAGUGGCCUAAAGAUCCCGAAGUGAAAGCCCAAAUCAAAAGGCUGUAUUCACUUUUGACAAUCAAAGAUUCUGCAUCAAGCAUACCAAAAAAUCUUGAGGCUCGAAGAAGACUCCAAUUUUUUACAAAUUCCUUGUUUAUGGACAUACCUGCAGGAAAAGUUGUGCGUGAGAUGAUGUCCUUCAGCGUAUUUACUCCUUACUAUUCGGAGACGGUGCUAUACAGUUUGAAUGAACUGCGGAAGAAAAACGAGGAUGGAAUAUCACUUUUGUUUUACCUUCAGAAAAUAUAUCCAGAUGAAUGGAAGAAUUUUCUUGCUCGAAUUGGGCGUGAUGAAAAUGCACAGGAAACAGACCUCUUUGAUAGUCCUAAUGAUAUUGAGGAACUCCGUUUUUGGGCAUCUUACCGUGGGCAAACAUUAGCAAGAACUGUUCGUGGAAUGAUGUACUACCGUAAAGCCCUCAUGCUCCAGACCUAUUUGGAGAGGAUUGCUUCUGGAGAUCUGGAGGUUCCAAUAUCAGGCAACGAUGUACUUAAUGUCCAGGGUUUUGAGCUAUCUCCUGAAGCACGUGCUCAGGCUGAUUUAAAGUUCACAUAUGUAGUUACAUGCCAAAUAUAUGGAAAACAGAAAGAAGAGGGAAAGCCUGAGGCUGCGGAUAUUUCUUUGCUCAUGCAAAGAAAUGAAGCUCUUCGGAUUGCUUUUAUUGAUGUUGUUGAAACUAUGAAGGAUGGGAAAGUGCAGACCGAGUACUUCUCCAAACUUGUAAAGGCUGACAUCAAUGGACAAGAUAAGGAAAUCUACUCUGUUAAGUUACCAGGAAAUCCUAAACUUGGUGAAGGAAAGCCCGAGAAUCAAAAUCACGCUGUUAUCUUUACUCGUGGACAAGCAGUACAGACUAUUGAUAUGAAUCAGGAUAAUUAUUUUGAAGAGGCUUUGAAGAUGAGAAACCUUCUCGAAGAAUUCAAUCUUGAUCAUGGACUUCGUGCCCCCACUAUUCUUGGUGUCAGAGAACAUGUAUUUACCGGAAGUGUUUCUUCAUUAGCUUCAUUUAUGUCCAAUCAAGAAGCCAGCUUUGUAACUCUUGGACAACGAGUUCUUGCUAAUCCGUUGAAGGUUCGAAUGCAUUAUGGACAUCCAGACGUUUUUGAUAGAGUUUUCCAUAUAACACGUGGUGGUAUAAGCAAGGCCUCUCGUGUUAUAAACAUUAGUGAAGACAUAUUUUCUGGAUUCAACUCAACUUUAAGACAGGGGAACAUUACCCAUCAUGAGUACAUUCAGGUUGGUAAAGGACGGGAUGUGGGGCUCAACCAGAUUGCACUAUUUGAAGGAAAAGUUGCUGGUGGAAAUGGUGAACAAGUUCUUAGUAGGGAUGUUUACCGGCUAGGGCAGCUUUUUGAUUUCUUCAGAAUGAUGUCAUUCUUCUACACAACUGUUGGAUACUACUUUUGUACCAUGUUGACGGUGCUGACAGUAUAUAUAUUUCUUUACGGUAAAACAUAUCUGGCGUUGUCAGGUGUUGGUGAGACAAUCCAAGAUCAAGCUCGUAUCUCGCAGAAUACUGCACUUGGUGCAGCCCUUAAUACCCAGUUCCUUAUUCAGAUUGGAAUCUUUACUGCUAUCCCAAUGAUUCUUGGAUUCAUUCUGGAACAAGGGUUUUUUAGGGCCAUUGUGAAUUUUAUCACUAUGCAAUUUCAACUUUGUUCUGUCUUUUUUACCUUUUCUUUGGGAACAAGAACACAUUAUUUUGGUCGGACAAUUCUCCAUGGCGGUGCACGGUACCAAGCAACUGGGAGGGGUUUUGUUGUCCGUCAUAUAAAAUUCAGUGAAAACUACCGGCUCUACUCUCGGAGUCAUUUUGUCAAAGGGCUUGAGGUUGUCCUUUUGUUGAUAGUAUUUCUUGCAUAUGGCUAUAAUGAUGGUGGUGCGAUAGGCUACAUUCUUCUCUCAGUCAGCAGUUGGUUUAUGGCCCUUUCAUGGCUCUUUGCUCCCUACCUGUUCAAUCCAUCUGGUUUCGAGUGGCAGAAGAUUGUGGAGGACUUUCGGGAUUGGACCAAUUGGCUUCUUUAUAGAGGUGGUAUUGGAGUUAAGGGCGAGGAAAGUUGGGAAGCUUGGUGGGAAGAGGAAUUGGGGCAUAUUCGGACUUUUGGUGGGAGGAUAGCAGAGACAAUUUUAAGCCUGAGGUUCAUCGUCUUCCAGUAUGGUAUUGUAUAUAAGCUACAAGUACAAGGGACCAAUACAUCAUUAGCGAUAUAUGGCUUUUCGUGGGCUGCUCUGGCUGGCCUUAUAAUCCUUUUCAAGGUUUUCACUUUCAGCCAGAAGGCAUCGGUGAACUUUCAACUGAUAUUGCGCUUUGUCCAAGGGCUUACAUUCUUGAUUGUGUUAGCUGGUAUAGCUGUGGCUAUUGUACUUACAGAUCUAUCUGUUUCUGACAUAUUUGCCUGUAUCUUAGCCUUUAUUCCAACUGGUUGGAUGAUUCUUUCGAUUGCAAUAGCCUGGAAACCGUAUGUCAAGAAGCUGGGGCUGUGGAAGUCCAUCCGGUCACUUGCACGUCUUUAUGAUGCUGGAAUGGGCAUGCUUAUUUUCAUUCCUAUCGCAUUUUUCUCGUGGUUUCCCUUCGUGUCCACAUUCCAAACAAGGCUCAUGUUCAACCAAGCAUUCAGCCGAGGGUUAGAGAUAUCCCUUAUCCUUGCCGGAAACAACCCCAACACUGCACUAUAAUUUUCAGUCGUUGCUCUUGUGAUUGUAUGUUAAGGCAUCCCCUUGUCAUUUUUUUACUGUCUAGGGUAUAGCCGUUGUGUUUUACACUUGUUUGAGAGGAUUGGGGCACUGAGCUUUCCCCUCGUGGCAGUCGUGCCUGUACAUUUUGCCAGAUCUAAUUAGCCGGUUGUAAUUUUGUUAGGACUGUAAUUUGUAAACUUGGUUUCUUGUAGAAAAUAUAACGUAGGAAAUUUUGUUGCUAGUACUGCAUAUUCCUCUACUGAAGCAACCUGCGAUUCUAUUGCUAUCCUAUAGAUAUCUUCAAGGCGGAUUAUAACCAAUUCUUGUAGAAAACAUUUUAUUCCAAUUUUUAUUGGGUUUUUGGCCUAUGAAUGCACUUUGUAUUAAAAUCUUGGUGAAAUUUAUAAAGGGUUAUUAUAUUAAACAAAA